CAGCCAUGGUGCGACGUGUGGCAGUGGUGGGAGCCGGCAGCUCUGGUCUGGCUUGCAUCAAGAUCUGCGUUGAGGAGGGCUUGGAGCCUGUUUGCUUUGAGAGCAGUGAUGACAUUGGCGGCUUGUGGAAAUUUAAGGAGUCACCUGAGCCAGAGCGGUCCAGCAUCUAUCGCUCCUUGGUGGUGAACACCUCCAAAGAGAUGAUGUGUUACAGUGAUUUUCCCAUGCCUGCUGACUAUCCAAACUACAUGCACAACUCCCAGCUUCUGCAGUACUACAGGCUCUACGCUGACCACUUUGACCUGCUCAGAUACAUUCAUUUCCAGACCACAGUGAAGAGUGUUGCCCAGAGGCCGGAUUUCUCUCUGUCAGGUCAGUGGGACAUAGCGACAAUUAACAAGGAUGGCGAGGAGGAGAGAAACGUCUUUGAUGCCGUUCUGGUGUGUUCGGGCCACUACACUCAUCCGUCCUUACCCCUGUCAGGUUUUCCAGGAUAUGAGACGUUUUCUGGCAGGUGCUUUCACAGCUGGGAAUACAAAGAUGCAGAUGCCUGCAGAGGAAAGAGGGUGGUGGUGGUUGGCAUUGGCAAUUCUGGAGGAGAUAUUGCAGUGGAGAUCAGUAGAUCUGCAAAGAAGACAUUUCUCAGCACACGCCAGGGGGCCUGGGUGAUUGGCAGGAUGUCCAGUAAUGGUCUUCCUCUGGACAUGACCGCUAUCACCAGACUCAACAACAUGCUCACACUGCUUCUGCCCAAUACUUUGGUCAACUGGGCAGCAGAGAGAGCACUGAACUACAAAUAUGACCACAGACUGUAUGGUCUGAAGCCCAAACACAGACUUAUGGACAGAAGGUUUCUGAUCAAUGAUGACCUCCCUGGUCGAAUCCUUCUGGGAGCGCUUGCAAUGAAAACCAAUCUAAAAGGAUUCAAAGACUCAGGAGUGGAAUUUGAAGAUGGCAGCGUGGAGGAGAACAUUGAUGCUGUGGUUUUCUGUACAGGCUAUAAUGGAACAUUUCCAUUCCUGCCUUCAGUCUUAAGUCACGGGCCUCGACGAGAACUGACAUUGUACAAGACACUGUUUCCUCCUUCUCUGGUACGACCCACACUGGCCAUCAUGGGUCUUUUCCAGACCAAAGAACCUGGACCAAACACGCCAAUUGUGGAAAUGCAGGCGCGAUGGGCUGUCAAGGUCUUUACCGGUUCGAGCUCUCUUCCACCUAAGGAGAAAAUGCUGGAAGUCAUCGAGUCUGAAAGGAAGAGGAACAUGAAAAGCUAUCCUUGCCCACGAACGGCAGCUCUCCAGGUAGAAUACAUCCCUUACCUGGAUUUCAUGGCAAAGGAGGUGGGUGUUCGACCAAACCUCCUGACACUACUGCUGACAGAUCCUGUGCUCUGGGUGAGGGUCUUCUUUGGUCCCUGCACUCCAUAUCAGUAUCGUCUCACGGGGCCUGGACAGUGGGCCGGGGCCCGUCAGGCGAUCCUCACUCAGUGGGAGCGAUUGGCUCAACCCUUCAGAACCAGAGCGGUACCGGAGAGCAGGCCGUCUGCGAUUUCUCCCUGGGCGCUUGUACUUGGAGGAACAGUUGCAAUGGCUUUCAUUCUGUCUAAAACUGAGAUAACUCCAGUGCUGUCGGGUGCUGCCCAGUUUCUGGACAGGUGCAAGAUGUUUCUGAAGGACUCUGUUACACCAGACUAA